CCAUGCUGCCCGUUACCUAGCAACACAGGCGACCAAUUAUUCAAUGUUUACGUUGGUUGACAGCAGAUUGGUAGUGGUCUGGGUGUUGCGAGGGGGCUGGUGGGUGCUGUGUGCCUGCGUGUCCACGGGGUAUUUAUUUACAAAAUCGCUUCCAGAUGACAUUUCCCCGUCCGCGAAGGCGAUGGAUUAUCGGGCACGGCCGCGUGAUUUUCGGUGCUAGGCUGGGAGGAACACAGAAAGCCUCAUUGUUUCGGGUUCGAUUCGUCAGCGUGGAAUUGUUGUUCGCCUUGUACGACGAUGCGGGCUGGUCAAGUGUGCUGCGGUUGCUAAGGUUACGAGGCCCGCCCGCCUGUGUUUGGUGUUGUUAGUAUCGCGUUCGAUGAUACGGUGAGCGGGCAAUCUUGACGCCACACAGGAAGCACAAGAAGCGAUAAGCUAUCGAAGAGCUGUUAUUGGAGGGGAUACGGAGCGACAUCAGAUAAAAGCACGAUCGUCAGAAUGCAGCCGUCCACGGUUCGCUGCGGCUCAACGGGCAUAGUGCUGCCGAUAGACGAAAUGGAGCGGUCCGAGCUAACGGUACCCGACGCGGUUUACGGAACAUUUCGAUUGCCAUCGUUUGUACGGGCGGUGACGGAAGCGCCCGAGUUUAUGCGGUUGAAGUAUUUGAAACAGUUAGGCGUAUCGAAUGCGGUGUUUGAUUCGGCUCGGCACACCCGAUACGAUCACUCGCUAGGAGCAUGCUACCUGUCCGGAAGAUUGCUGGACGCGGUGAACAAGACCCUCAACCCGCCCGUUACCGAAGACGAACGAAAAUGUGUAAUGUUGGCGGCCGCCCUACACGACAUUGGCCAUGGGCCGUUUUCCCACCUGUGGGAAAAGUUUGUCGAAGUUUACGGAGCACCUUGGCGGCACGAACGUUCCUCGGUGGAGCUGGCGCAGCGUGUACUAGAUCGGCUGGAAAACGUCUCGGUAAAGCAAAUCGCUCUAAUAUGUGCGCUAAUAAGGGGCAAUGCAGCCGACCUGUUGACGUCAGAUCGCCAAUUUCUCGCGCAUAUCGUUAGCAGCGAUGUGGACGUCGAUCGGUGCGACUAUCUGCAGCGCGAUGCACACCACGUGCCGGGGGUGAUUGAACCAUCGCGACCGUUCCGGCAAAUGUUUGACCGGGUGCGGGUCGUGACGGUGGAGGGUAAGGCCCGGCUCGCCUACCACUGGCAGGACUAUCCGCUGGUGUAUGAAAUGGCCUGCGCACGGCAAGCGUUCCAUCGGCGCUGCUACCAGGACGUGGAGGUGCUCGGUGCGGAGCUGAUGAUGCUGGACGUGAUGCAUGAAGCGGAACGGGCAGGCUUUCGGUUCGCGCGUGAUGGUAACAGUGAACCACUCUCGAAAGUGCAUGACAAACCGGAGCUGUUUAGGUAUUUAAACGAUAAUAUUACCUCUGAGCUGGCCGCUAGCAAGCUGCCCGGGCUCGACCGAGCCAAAGCACUCAUUGCUCGCUUACAGAGCAAAGAUCUUUACAAGGAAAUUAUCCGUUUUUCAAUCGACAUGAUCGAAGAGGUGAACAAAUUCAACCACCAGCAGGGAAAACCCAUCGUAGCACAAGCCUUCCGCUACAUAAAGUCUACCAAGCAGUGGUUUGGUAGCUUCAACGUUACCUUCUACAAGCCGUCACUAGCGAAGGGUGAUGAUGAUGAUGAUGAUGUGGCUGUCGUUUCCCUGGAGGAAGCACGGGACCUGAACCAUAGUAAUACCGUAACGGGCGAAUCGGCCGAAGAGAUUAAAGAGUAUAUUAUUUACUGUACCGAUACGAACCCGACGGUACACAGUACUGCCCAGCAGUACUUUGCAAAACUGCGGGGCGGAAGUGCAGCGAAGGAAAGCUAGUCCGAUGUGUAGUAUUCGUUUGUGUGAAAUGUUAAAUUAUUAUUUUGUUUUGUUUUGUUUUGUUUUCUUUCUCUUCUUCUUUCUGAAUUAUAAAUGAAGAGGCUUUUAGUGUUCCCUGCA